CGGGGAGCUCGCUGGCUGGCUGGCCGCUCCCGGGCUCCGCUCCCUGCUGCGCUGCGGACGGCCGCCCGCCGGCCCGUGAAUGGGGGUGUCCGGCUGAGCCCCGGGAUCCUCCUACCUGCACCAGGACCUGCACAGGAAAACGAAUCCUGAAAGUCUCUGUCAUUUCAUUGUGGUGCAACGAUGGAGGCUCCACUGGUUAGUCUGGAUGAAGAGUUUGAGGACCUGCGGCCCUGCUGCUCUGAGGACCCACAGGAGAAGCCCCGGUGUCUGUAUGGCUCAUCUCCCCACCACCUGGAGGACCCCUCCCUUUCUGAGCUUGAGAAUUUUUCGUCUGAAAUCAUCAGCUUUAAGUCCAUGGAAGACCUCGUGAAUGAAUUUGAUGAGAAGCUCAAUGUCUGCUUUCGGAACUACAAUGCCAAGACUGAGAACCUGGCUCCUGUGAAGAACCAGUUACAGAUCCAAGAGGAGGAGGAAACACUUCAGGAUGAGGAGGUUUGGGAUGCACUGACAGACAAUUACAUCCCUUCACUCUCAGAAGACUGGAGGGACCCAAACAUCGAGGCUCUGAAUGGCAACAGCUCUGACACUGAGAUCCAUGAGAAGGAAGAGGAAGAGUUCAAUGAGAAGAGUGAAAAUGAUUCUGGCAUCAAUGAGGAGCCACUACUCACAGCAGAUCAGGUGAUUGAGGAGAUCGAAGAAAUGAUGCAGAACUCCCCUGACCCUGAGGAAGAAGAGGAGGGUCUGGAAGAGGAGGAUCCAGGAGAAACCUCAUCCCAAGCAGACUCAGUCCUGCUGCAGGAGAUGCAAGCCUUGACCCAGACCUUCAACAACAACUGGUCCUAUGAAGGGCUGAGGCACAUGACUGGGUCUGAGCUAGCAGAGCUGCUGGACCAGGUGGAGGGUGCCAUCCGUGACUUCUCAGAAGAGCUGGUGCACCAGCUGGCCCGCAGGGAUGAGCUGGAGUUUGAGAAGGAAGUGAAGAACUCCUUCAUCACGGUGCUCAUUGAGGUGCAGAACAAACAGAAGGAGCAGCGGGAACUGAUGAAAAAGAGACGGAAAGAAAAAGGGCUGAGCCUGCAGAGCAGCCGAAUAGAGAAGGGGAGCCAGAUGCCCCUCAAGCGCUUCAGUAUGGAAGGCAUCUCCAACAUCCUUCAGAGUGGCAUCCGCCAGACCUUUGGCUCUUCAGGAACUGACAAGCAGUAUCUGAACACAGUCAUCCCGUAUGAGAAGAAAUCCUGUCCUCCCUCGGUGGAAGACCUGCAGAUGCUGACAAACCUUCUCUUCGCCAUGAAGGAAGACAAUGAGAAGGUGCCUACUUUGCUAACGGACUACAUUUUAAAAGUGCUCUGUCCAACCUAACCUUGCCUUUGGAGCAACCUGGCUGCAGGAGGUCACUGAGCAAGAGUCAUUCCAUCACAGGGACUGCAUGACACUACGUAACCUCCGGCGUGUAUUCAAACGUGUAUAGCUUAACAUGGAUUAAACAUGAGCAAUUGCGCGGGGUCCUUUGUUGUUGGCUUCUAGUGCUAGUAAUCAUUGGAUGCAUGAUGGAACGGGGCACAAGGCCUGGGACGUUGCCUCCUCUCCACCUGUGUUGAGGAAAGCAGAUGUCCUCACCAUUCAUUAUGUAGUCUAGCUCCGGCCCUUAAAAACAGCUUAUACUUCAAGACUAAUUUUGAAAUAAACCUUCAUUUAAUUAA